GGCGACAAACAGAAUGCUGAUAAAAUGGCAGCUUCCAUGGUUUUUGUUUCUCUGAUUGGAGUGACUGUGAGAUCUGUAUUGUUUUACUCAUUUGUAUCAAGCUGGCUGACCGAUCGAGUUGAAAUUUCUACACCUCUUACAUCAUGGAAAUCGAUGGUGGAAGGUGUGACUUUACUGGAGUGGGGUAUAUCACCGUAUGCUGGAGACAUAUUCCAUGAAACCCCACUGUUGCUGUACACCUUUUACUCUGUUCAUGCCGUUUGUCCCACCCUGGUGCCUGUUAUAUUUGUCAUGUUGGAUCUGAUAACGGCCUUGGUACUGCGGAAGGUUGCCUCCAGGACAAUGAAAUACUUGUACAAUCAACAAAAACAGAAGGAAAAGAAAAACGCUGCAGGAGUUGGCCCCCUUCUCAUCGUUCCUUCGGAUCUCGUUUCUAUUCCUGACUUGGUUAUGACAAUUUACUUGUUUUGUCCAUAUACCAUCGUUACCUGCGUUGCUCAGUGCACCAUCGUAUUCACCAAUCUCGCCAUUGCUGCAACGUUUCUCUUCACAUUACAAGGAAAUGCAGUUGCAGCAACUUUAUGCCUUGCUUUUGCCUCGUAUCAGUCACUCUACCCAGUCACAUUAAUCAUACCCGUUGCAAUGCACAUAGCCAUCAUAAAAUUACAGGCAUCUAAGGAUAAGACAAUCAGUUACCAGAGACCAGAGGCCGUUCAUUCUAUUCUAUUAACAGCAACCAUCUUUGUUUUUUGGCUAGCUUGUUUCCUUGGUCUCUCGUUCCUCAUGCUUGAUUCAUGGAGCUUUCUCAGGUCUUCUUAUGGCUUCAUAUUAGCAGUGCCCGAUCUUAAGCCCAACAUGGGUCUCUUCUGGUAUUUCUUCACUGAAAUGUUUGAACACUUCAGGACAUUUUUUCUCUGGGUAUUUCAAAUCAAUGUCUUCAUCUACAUAGCUCCCUUGGCAAUCAAAAUGAGAGAGCAUCCAUUAUUCGUAAUGCUGGUUCAGUGUAUAUUGAUCACUAUCUUCAAGUCUUAUCCGUCCGUUGGAGAUACUACCGUAUACCUUUCCCUGUUACCAGUCUGGUCUCAUACAUUCCAUUAUUUUCGUAACAGCCUUGUGGUUGGGGUGAUGAUGCUGCUUGCUUCGGUCUUAUGUCCAGUCAUCUGGCACCUAUGGAUCUAUGCAGGCAGUGCUAAUGCAAACUUCUUCUUUGCUUUCACACUCAUCUACAAUACAGCACAGAUAUUCCUUGUGACGGAUCUGGUCUUCGCUUUUUUGCGACGUGAGUUUGCCCUCAAACAUGGGAUGGAGCCGCUAGACGAAGAUGGCAACAAGAGGUCCAUUCGGCUACAGUAACAGAUGAUUUGUACCACAUCCAAACUAUGGUUUCCUUCCUUGGUCAAAAAAUUCACAAAGAAUGUGAUUAUAUGACUGCUUUAACAGGCACUGUAAAACAGGGUGCCUCCUGGUCUAGUGGUUAUGACUCUCGUCUUUCAAUCUGAGGGACGUGGGUUCAAUUUCAAGCCAUGGCGAGUUCCUUCAGCAAGAGAUUUACCCACAUUGUGCUGCACUCGACCCAGGUGAGGUGAAUGGGUACCAGGUAGGGAGAAAUUCCUUGAAUGCUCGAAUGCCCGUUCAAGGUAGCCAUGCUAAAGCCGGGGUAAUAAUAACAUUAUCGUGUUAAGCAGGGCGUGCUGGGAGAACAGUUUUCGGAACUGAAGUGGCUACCCUGGGUAAAAUAUGACAUUAUUACUAUUAGUAUUAUUUGCCCAGAGGUGAAUAUGAAUCAAAUACAUAAGCAGUCUAUAUUUUGUUUGGUAAUCUGCAGUUGCCUUGAUUUAACACUUCAUGACGGAUGAUGCCAUUGAAAUCAAAACCAGUCAGAAUAUUCUCAUUUUCAAACUGACAAAGUCUGACAAUAUGCACAUCUAAAUACGUGCAUGCAAGAUAUGCGCAGCUAGUUAGCUUGUUUUGGCCAUUAUCAUAAGUGUUAACUAACCUGUAUAGUAUUGAUGGUAUCAGUCAAUAGAUUUUGCUAUACUGCCAGGUUUCAGUAGUCUAGUAGUCUAUCCAUGACUACAUAUUUGACCAAUCAGAGGCCUAGAAUCUUGUAGCCAGGUACACUACCCUUCACAAGUUUUAGAGCAUCGAUAAUAUUCAGAUAAAUCUGCAUAUUUUAUUUUUAUUUUCUGGUAUUGUAAUUUGUUGUCAUGGAAAUUGGUCCAUUGUAUUAUAGAGUCAUUAAAAAACCAUGUCUUCUCUAUACUUUCUCAUAUAAAACCUGGCCCACCAUUGAGGUCCUUUGGACGGACAGUCCCUGGCAGGCUUUUGGACAUUUUCAGGUCUGCAUGGCAAGGGUCACAAAAACCAUACCUUAGAAAAUUUCAAAUGUAAUCUGGUUUACAAUGCUGCCAUGGCUUCAUGGGUCAACUUUCAUGAUCAUACAUGUAGGUCCCUCAGGUGAUGGUUCGUGUAGGCUCCACUACACUUCACUACCGCUACACCUACCCGAAUGGUAGCGUAGUGUAGUGGAGCCUACAUGAACUAUCACCUGAGGUAGAUCAUAGGAUGCAAUUCCAGUAAAUAGACUUGUAUCAAUAUUACAUGUGUUCCCAAACUUUUGAAGGGUAGUGAAUAUAUAAAAGGCUAGCUCUGGAGUAUGACAUGAAUAUUUCAAUCUGGCACCUGAAACACAGGUGAUUGCAAUUGCUUACAACAAUGGCCAAUCAAGAUCAUCGUUCCAUCAGUGAAUUGUUCAACAUACCCACACUCAACCAAUCAGAAUCAUCGUUUGAAAUUUGCAGGUGGUUCAAAUUAAGUUUAAACGUGUCUGAGAACUUAAGAAGUAAGACUACUAUCAAUGGGUUUGAAAUUGAGGGAACCAAUUCCAACAUCAACUGCUCGUAGAGAAGUUGAGACAAAUUAGAUGGUAUGAUAGAUAUGUGAGCUAUAUAUAGGAAUUAUGCAAUAUUUGAUUUUUGGGAAUUUGACAUUAAGGAGACUCUUCAUGAAGUGAUAAGAGGUUACAGAAAUUGCCAUCCCACACGUUUAAUAAGGAAAAAAAGAUAUUACAUACAAUGAAAUACAAAAGAAAUAGUGAUUGGAUGAUGUCAUUUGUCCCCUCAUUUGCAUAUCGACUAGGAUGUGCAUAAAACUGUUAAAUGAAAAUUAAGAGCCACUAUAUCUCAUCUCUCUGUUAUUUUACAUCCAAUUUUUAUAAAAUUUUAAGUGUUAUGCUUGUUUGAAUUUUUUCUCUUAUGAUUCAAACCAACUUUUGUUGGGUGGACUUUCCCUUUAAAGAAAGACGAGAGUUUCCCCUCUUAUGCUGUCAGCAUUAAAUUUUGAUUCAUAAUAAUGGGUAAUAAUUUUGAUUUUUGUCUCACCUGCAUAGCAGAGUGAGACUAUAGGCGCCGCUUUUCCGACGGCGACGGCGACGGCGGUGGCGGCGUCAACACCAAAUCUUAACCUGAGGUUAAGUUUUUGAAAUGACAGCAUAACUUAGAAAGUAUAUGGACCUAGUUCAUGAAACUUGGCCAUGAGGUUAAUCAAGUAUUACUGAACAUCCUGCCUGAGUUUCAUGUCACAUGACCAAGGUCAAAGGUCAUUUAGGGUCAAUGAACUUAGACCAUGUUGGGGGAAUCUGUUGAAUUACCAUCAUAACUUUAAAAGUUUAUGGAUCUGAUUCAUGAAACUUGGACAUAAUAGUAAUCAAGUAUUACUGAACAUCCUGUGCAAGUUUCAGGUCACAUGAUCAAGGGUAAAGGUCAUUUAGGGUCAAUGAACUUUGGCCAAAUUGGGGUAUUUGUUGAAUUACAGCCAUAAAUUUGAAAGUGUGUUGGUCUAGUUCAUAAAACUUGGACAUAAGAGUAAUCAAGUAUCACUGAACAUCCUGUGCGAGUUUCAGGUCACAUGAUCAAGGUCAAAGGUCAUGUAAGGUCAAAGAACUUUGGCCACGUUGGGGGUAUUUGUUGAAUUGCCAUCAUAUCUCUAUAAGUGUAUUGGUCUAGUUCAUAAAACGUGGAAAUAAGAGUAACCAAGUAUCACUGAACAUCUUGUGCGAGUUAUAGUAGUUUUCAAAAUCAGCACUGCUGCUAUAUUGAAUCGCGUGAUGCAGGUGAGACGGCCAGAGGCAUUCCACUUGUUCAAUAAAGCGUCAGCUGUAUUUAAUUGGAAUUAUACGAACAUAAACUCUAGCUUUUACAUGAUUUACUGCAUUGUAUCAAAAACUUUUACUUCAUCAAGUCUAGCUGGGCAAUUUGUUCAGUAACACGUCAUGUGAAAAUGAAUUGUAGUUCUUAAUCGAUUAAAACAAACUUAUAAUGGUGGAAAUUCUCGUCAUGUCAUAUGAUGACUGGAUGUGGUUAUUAUGUGUCUCGUUUCUCUAUAGUGUUAUAGCAAUUCUUUUUGCAAUUAAAUUGUUUUGUAUAUAUGCCUUAUUGCCUUGUAACACUCAUUUUGUAAUAAAGAACUUAGUAUGUCACUUCAAAUGA